GAUCAUGUAAUACUUGCUGCACACACAAAAAAAAAAAACUCGCUGCGAAGAAGCUCACUCAAGCAUCCAUCGCAUUUCUGUCUCAACUCAAAUCUCAAUCUUAUAAAAAUCUCAAUCAUUUCCCAUGAUAUAAAGCCAACAAAUUGCAUCGUUUUCAAUCCCUAGGAAUACAGAAAAGGGACGCACCAAGGUUUUUCAACCUACUGGUUUGAAUUCUUCUAUGCUUGGAAAGGUUAUGAUUUUGAGCAGUUAAGAAAUGGCGGGUGAGAUUGAAGAACCGGCAAGACUUCAAUUUAAGGCUGAAUCUUUUCUUUCGGGAUCAAUAUCAUUUGGGAGGUUUGAGAGUGAAGAUCUAUGUUGGGAGAGGAGGUCAUCUUUCUCUCACAAUAAGUAUCUUGAAGAGGUUGAAAAAUUCUCAAAGCCGGGUUCAGUUACUGAGAAGAAAGCUAUUCUUGAGGCCCAUUUUAGAAAGAAGGGGCUUUUUGGUCUUUGUUCGCCUGGGAGUCGUAGUGAGACAGAUUACCAUACUAGUGAUAAUGAAGCAUCGGAGAAGAGAUGCUAUGAUGAUGACUUAACUCACACACAUUCGCCUAAACUUGAUGAAAGGUUGGAUAGUUCUGCAUGUGGAAGUGAGCAUGAAUUAAGAGAACAAGGAGAAGCAUCUGAUUCAUCGAGUUUAGAUGCUCAAAUUGAGUAUUCAUGUGAUAAUGCCAGAGAUUCCGACUGUUUUUCAGAACAUGGGAUGGGGGAAGAGGAGCAUUGUGAUAAACCAGAAAGUGUGGUUUCAAUGGACUCUAGAUUAGAGACACAAGCGAAAGAAGCCAUAGAUCGUGAUGCUGCUAAUUCCGACAUAAUAAAUGUAUCAAAUCCAGCCAUUGCCUUGCUUAGUGAUAAUCAUGGAACUGAGGAAAAUAGAGAUGCAAGCCCCAAAGGCCAACGAGUUUCAUCUUAUGAGGAAAAUGUGACAUCACAAGCUGAACAUCUGAAGUCUAGAUUGAUACGGCGAGUUAGUGUUACACAGAGUAGAAGGUACACAUCUAGCAAGCAAGUGUCGAAUGGUUCCGAAAAAAGACUUAGUAAAUCAGUAUACAAUGCUCGGAUGAAUUUGGAAGCAGAGAAGAAGAUUAAACAAGCUACUUCUCUGGACAAAAACCUGAAGCAGAAGUCUCCAAAACACGAGCCUGAUUCAAAAGCAAAAGAUGUCGAUUGUAUCAAAAGGGGUGACAAAGAUUCGAAAAUCAAAAGAAUUCAGGUCCCUCGGUCCUCUGCUCCGAGGGAAGUUUCCAGUAGAGUGAAGCCUUCAGCUGGUGUGCCUCAACGAUAUGCAAAGCAGGAUACUUCGAGGUUCAGUUUUAAGUGCAAUGAACGUGCAGAGAGACGGAAAGAGUUUGAUAUGAAGAUAGAGGAGAAGAUUCAUGCAAGAGAAGCAGAGAGGCGUAAAAUUCAGGCGAAAGUUCAGCAAAAAACAGAAGCUGAGAUCAAGCAGCUGCGGAAAACCUUAAACUUCAAGGCUACGCCACUUCCGUCGUUUUACUAUGGAGUCGAGCGUGAUCCAGAUCGAAACAAGACAUUGCACCAGGACGUAGGUAGAAACACGAAACCACGACGAGCCCAGACGAAAUGCUUAAGCAGUAGCAGCAUCUCUGAGAGAUCGAGAGCAAGCUCGAAGGCAGGCACGAAGAAAGGGUGUUCAGGUCCAAAAACAAAUAUAGAUCAAGCACAGGCGUCAAGCUGCCAUUCAACAGUAACGUCGGACAGCAGUCCGUCGUCCCCCGCUGCAAUCCAGCAGGUUGGUGGGAAGAAAGAAAGAGAUAAUUAAGUCCCAUCAAAGGCCAUAAGAUCUAACAAGUCAAUUACAUCUCAUUCUACUUAAUUUAGUGUAUUGUAAAAGUCUAGUUGUUACAAACAUUGGAUUCACAUAUCUAUUUAAAAUUGUCAAUUCUGUCA